AGGCCGAGCCGAGUGAGACCACGCCGCCCCGUCCCCCCUCCCACCCCCUCUCUCCUCUCCUCUCCAACCACGCCGCGAUUCCCCCAUUUUUACCUCACUACCUCCGCCCCCGAAAAUCCCAACAAUUUUUUGAUCCUUCGCCGCCGGCAAGCGCCGCGGAGGGUUCCCCCCAGGGAGUGGAGAGGAGAGGAGCGGGCGGGUUGGUGUUGGGAAGGGAGGGAUGGGGUUGGAGGAGGACACGCCGGUGACGAAGACGGUGAAGGCCGCGGCGACGGGGCUGGCCGCGGGGACCAUCUGGGGCACGGUCGUCGCGACAUGGCACGACGUGCCCCGGGUCGAGCGCCACGUCGCGCUCCCGGGGCUCAUCCGGACGCUCAAGAUGUGCGGCAGCUACGGGGCCACGUUCGCCGCCGUCGGGGGCCUCUACAUCGGCGUCGAGCAGCUCGUGCUGAGCCAGCGCAAGAAGAACGACUACGUCAACGGGGCCGUCGGCGCCUUCGUCGCCGGCGCCACCAUAUUCGGCUACAAAGGAAGGAGCAUCCCUUCUGCGCUCAUAGCUGGUUCUUGCCUGGCUUUUACAUCUGCUGCGCUGGACGUUGGCGGCAACACUACCAGAGUGGACAAUGGCAAAGAGUACUAUCCCUACACAGUCGAGAAUAAGCCCGCUCAUUGACUGAAGUUCUGUACGUGUAGCCCAAGUCCUGCAAAACCGUCAGCUCGGUGAAUUUUGAAGCUGAUGCUUACUUUCAUGUCUGUUUUGUUGAUGUACUAGCUCCUUUGCAAAUCCUUGGCAUUGUUGUGCUCGAGAGAGACCUAUACAACAGUCUCGGAAUAAAUAUUUUUGCUUGCUUUAUCGUGAUCAUCGAUCACAAUAAACGCCUUCACGAUGCUUGAAACAUCUGGUUUUGCUUGCUUUCUCAUGAUCAUAAAUCACAAUAAUUAUUUCCUA